UAUUCUCUGAAGUGGCUACAUUGGAGUCAUCAUAUGGAGCGGGGUUCACUGCCAUUACUUCUUCCUUUGUUCUCGAUUACGUCUGGGGAGCCGGCUCUGCGGACCCCGGGAGGCCUGUGGACAGCAGCUGCGCUGGUGGCGCUGGUGGCGCUGGUGGUGCUCGGUGCCCCAGUGGCCGAGGGCACAGACUCCCCAGAGGACUUCGUGCUCCAGUUCAAGGGCCAGUGCUACUACACCAACGGGACGCAGCGCGUGCGGCACGUGGUCAGAUACAUCUACAACCAGGAGGAGCACUUGCGCUUCGACAGCGACGUGGGCAAGUUCCUGGCGGUGACCGAGCUGGGGCGGCCGGACGCCGAGUACUUCAACGGGCAGAAGGACGUCCUGGAGCAGACGCGGGCCGAGGUGGACACGGUGUGCAGAAACAACUACGGGAACGAGGUCCUCACGACCUUGCAGCGGCGAGUGGAACCCACAGUGACCAUCUCCCCCACCAAGACAGAGGCUCUAAACCACCACAACAUGCUGGUCUGCUCGGUGACGGGUUUCUACCCAGGCCAGGUCCAAGUUCGGUGGUUCCGGAACAACCAGGAGGAGACAGCCGGCGUCGUGUCCACCCCCCUCAUCAGGAAUGGGGACUGGACCUUCCAGAUCAUGGUGAUGCUGGAGAUGACCCCCCAGCGAGGAGACGUCUACACCUGCCACGUGGAGCACCCCAGCCUCCAGGGCCCCAUCACAGUGGAGUGGCGGGCACAGUCGGAGUCUGCCCAGAGCAAGAUGCUGAGUGGCAUCGGGGGCCUCGUGCUGGGGCUGAUCUUCCUGGGCCUGGGCCUUGUCGUCCGUCGCAGGAGACAGAAGGGAUCUCCGGGGCCACCACCUGCAGGGCUCCUGCGCUGACCCGAGGGUGCUUUCCUUGUGCUCGGUUUUCACUCUCCUGAAAUGCGGGCCUGUCCUUGCCCAGAGUUCCAGCUGCCUGGCAGCCUGUCCAUCCCUGAGAUCAGAGUCCCCCAGUGACUCUGACCGUCCUCAGGUCACCCCCUGCGACCCCACCCCAAGGAUAUGGAUGUGACCACGAUGCUGCCUGUCCCUGUCAAGGCGUUUCUCUGUUUCCAUCCCCCCCCCCCCCCAACAAACUGCUCAAGAGAAGCACAUUGAAAUCAAGUACCUGCCUACAGAGCUUUUUAUCAUAAUUAAACACAUUAUGAGUUAUUGGUAUCCUGAACCUCCUUAAAUGAGCAGAGGCAGGAAACCAGUGCAGAAUGAAAGGGACACAUGCUGAGGUGACCCGGCCAGACUAGGAUCAGA